GUAGUGUUCCUCGUUUUGCAACCACCACAACAUCCAACCCCCCUCCCAAAAACUACGGCCGCCAGAGAUUUGCAUCAGCACCCCUCAAAUCCUGGCAAGAUGAGUUCCCCGCUCCGCGAACACCCUUCCUCGGCGAAUCGAGGCAUACCGCCCAGCAGGGCCGGCCGAAAGCGUGCUCGCACUAACGGUGAUGAUGCCGCUUCCUCGAUCGGUGCUGCGUCGAGCCCCAUCAUGCCGUCGUCCCCACCCGCCUUCAACAUUGCACAUGGCGGUGACGACGACGACGACGACAUUGAGGAGGACGUCGAGAUCCAAGACGACAUCGACGACCUCGACGAGAUGGCCGAGGACGAUGUCGAUCUGUUCCGUGAGGGUUUCGAGCGUGAUUACCGCGAACGGCCUGACGAUGGCUACGAGGCCGUCGACAUUGACGACGAGGGCGAGUAUGAUGCCAUGGACCUCGGAGAGCGGCGCCGUCUCGAGGCUCAGCUCAACCGGAGAGAUCGCGAAGUCGCCCGAAGACAGCGCAUCCCCGCCGCCUUUCUUCCGGGCGAGGAUGAUGACCGCGACAUCGACCUCACUGCUCAGCCCCGCCGGCGCAGGCACCGGUACGAUGAGGACCCCGAUGAGGACAUGGAUGCCGACAUCAUGGACGAGGAGCUCUCGCUCGAGGCUCUGCACGACGUCAAAGCGUCUAGCUUGACCGACUGGGUGGCCCAGCCAGCCGUGCAGCGGACCAUCAAGAGAGAGUUCAAAGCCUUCCUCACAGAGUACACAGACGACAGCGGCUCCUCCGUCUAUGGCAACCGCAUCCGCACGCUCGGCGAGAUCAAUGCCGAGUCUCUCGAGGUGUCUUACGAACACCUCUCCUCGUCCAAGGCCAUCCUGGCCUAUUUCCUCGCCAACGCCCCGGCCGAGAUUCUCAAGCUGUUUGACGAAGUCGCCAUGGACGUCGUCCUGCUGCACUACCCCGACUACGAGCGUAUCCACUCCGAGAUCCACGUGCGCAUCUUUGAUCUCCCUGUACAUUACACCCUUCGCCAGCUUCGCCAGUCACACCUGAACUGCCUCGUCCGGGUUAGCGGUGUCGUGACAAGGCGUACGGGUGUCUUCCCUCAGCUCAAGUACGUCAAGUUCGACUGCACCAAGUGCGGCGUCACCCUCGGCCCUUUCCAGCAGGAGUCGAACGUGGAAGUCAAGAUCACGUACUGCCAAAGCUGCCAGUCCCGCGGCCCCUUCACCCUUAACUCGGAGAAGACGGUGUACCGCAACUACCAGAAGCUCACCCUCCAGGAGUCUCCGGGCACAGUCCCCGCCGGCCGUCUUCCCCGGCACCGCGAGGUCAUCCUGCUCUGGGAUCUCAUCGACAAGGCCAAACCCGGCGAGGAGAUCGAGGUGACGGGUAUCUACCGCAACAACUACGACGCUCAACUCAACAACCGUAACGGCUUCCCCGUCUUUGCUACCAUCCUCGAGGCCAACAACAUCGUCAAGUCCCACGAUCAACUUGCCGGUUUCCGCAUGACCGAAGAGGACGAGCACAAAAUCCGCCAGCUGUCCAAGGACCCCCAUAUCGUCGACAAGAUCAUCAAUUCCAUCGCCCCGAGCAUCUACGGGCACACCGACAUCAAGACGGCGGUGGCCCUGUCGUUGUUCGGCGGCGUGGCUAAGAACACCAAGGGCGCUCACCACAUCAGGGGCGACAUCAACGUGCUGCUUCUCGGCGAUCCCGGCACUGCCAAGUCGCAAAUCCUCAAAUACGUCGAGAAGACGGCUCACCGGGCCGUCUUCGCCACCGGUCAGGGUGCCAGCGCCGUCGGUCUCACGGCUAGUGUCCGGCGAGACCCGCUGACUAGCGAGUGGACGCUCGAGGGCGGCGCCCUGGUGCUCGCCGACAAGGGCACCUGCUUGAUCGACGAGUUCGACAAGAUGAAUGACCAGGACCGCACCUCGAUUCACGAGGCCAUGGAGCAGCAAACCAUCUCCAUCUCCAAGGCCGGCAUCGUCACGACCCUCCAGGCUCGCUGCGGAAUCAUCGCCGCCGCCAACCCCAUCGGCGGUCGCUACAAUUCGACCAUCCCGUUUUCGGCCAACGUCGAGCUCACAGAGCCCAUUCUUUCACGUUUCGACAUUCUCUGUGUCGUCCGCGACACAGUCGAGCCGGAGGAGGACGAGCGCUUAGCUCGUUUUAUUGUCGACUCGCACAGCCGCAGCCACCCUCUGACUAACGGUCAGACCCAGGCGACAGCGGCCGGCGGCCAGUCCAUGGAGGUCGAGCCCGACUCGCACGGGGAGACGCAAAACAGUGCCGACAAGAAUAACAACAAGGAAGGGGAGAUCCCGCAGGAGCUUCUGCGCAAGUACAUCCUCUACGCCCGUGAGCGCUGCUUCCCCAAGCUGUACCACAUGGACGAGGAGAAGGUUGCGCGCUUGUUUGCCGACAUGCGCCGCGAGAGCCUGGCCACGGGCGCGUAUCCCAUUACCGUGCGUCACCUCGAGGCCAUCAUCCGCAUCGCCGAGGCGUUUUGCCGCAUGCGGCUCUCCGAGUACUGCUCCUCGCAGGACAUUGACCGCGCCAUUGCCGUCACAGUCGAGAGCUUCAUCGGCAGCCAAAAGGUCAGCUGCAAGAAGGCUCUCGCCAGGGCCUUUGCCAAGUACACGCUUGCGAGGCCGGGAGCGGGUGCCCAGCAGCAAAGGAGGGGGGUUGGCGCCGGUGCAAGGGGAAGGGGUGGCAGGUCGGCGGUCGUUUCCGCUUAGUUGAAUUAUCUUUGUUCUUUUUCCCUUUUCUUUCUCUCUCUCUCUGUUGUUGUGUCGCGAGCCGGCUUUCUGUGGCCGUUUGAGGCGUUACUGAGAAGGGU